AUGACGGUUCGGCUAUUCCGUCUGCGUGUGCGGACGCUGUUGGUAGCAUUUACUCUCGCCAUCCUUCUCACCUGGACCCUCUCACGAUGGCGUACCGCAUACGUCCCAUCGAAUGACAGCACUUCCGCCCAUUCCUUCGGACCCAUCUCCGACUUGACAGCAUUACACCAGAGAUUUUGGCGGGAAUUCCACACACUCUUGGAAAACAAUGCGCCUAACACGACGGCCCCGGUGACUGAGGAAGAAAAGGCCCAGGCAGUAGGAUUCAAAUAUAAAGAUGCACCGCCGCGUCCGAAUUACCUGCACGUCCCGGAAAAUGAUAUAGCCAUAAUGAAAGAUGCGCAUACCAAAUUCGUGGGCGCAAUCUCCCACUCUCCUCCUCAACUCAGCUACAUACCCGGCACAAAGGGCGUGGUCUCGACCGCAGGCGGUUCCUACCUCCCAGUGCUAGUGAUUUCGCUGCGAAUGCUCCGCCGGACAGGGUCAACGCUACCGAUGGAAGUGUUCCUGGCCAAUGAAGAUGAAUACGAGGAAUAUAUCUGCGAUGAAGUGUUGCCAUCACUGAACGCGCGGUGUCUAGUGCUAUCUCGGAUUCUGAGCGUUUCGCCGGCUAAGAUCGAGAAAUACCAAUACAAGCCAUUCGCAAUGCUUUUCUCUUCAUUCGAAGAAAUCCUGUUCCUCGAUGCUGAUUCUUUUCCAUUGGAGAAGCCAGAAGAUCUGUUCUGGGAUGAGCCUUUCCGUUCAAGGAAGAUGGUCACUUGGCCUGAUUUUUGGGCUUCCUCCGCCUCGCCUCUCUUCUACGAAAUCGUUGACCAGGUUGCUCCGCCAAUGGGACUGCGACAGUCAACUGAAUCUGGGGAGGUACUUAUAUCGAAGAAGACCCAUACGCGAACCCUCCUGCUCUGUACUUACUACAACUAUUGGGGCCCGUCUCACUACUACCCACUCCUAUCGCAGGGCGCUGCAGGGGAAGGUGAUAAGGAAACCUUCGUGGCUGCUGCAUCAGUUAUGCAAGAGCACUUCUAUCAGGUCAGCGAGUCGAUUUGUGCUCUAGGUCAUCGUACCUACGGUGGUAUGGCUGGCUCUGCAAUGGCCCAAUUCAACCCCAUUCAGGACUUCAGAUUAACCAGCCAAGGCAAGUGGCGGGUUCGGGGCGACGAGGCGCCAGCACCAAGCGUUUUCUUCAUUCACGCCAAUGUUCCCAAGUUCAACCCGGCUACUGUCUUCGAUCACGGUGCAGUCAACCCUGCUUUUGCCGAUGAUGGUACCUACACUCGUGCUUGGACAAUUCCUGAAAAUGUAGUCAAGGACUUCAGUUCCAAGGUUGAUGUUGAGAGGGCUUUUUGGCAAGAGAUUCUUUGGACGGCGUGUGAGCUUGAAGAUAAGUUCUCCUCAUGGAGGGAUUAUGUUGGUAUAUGCGCUUCUGUGAAGGACUAUUGGAGCGUUGUUUUCGGAGAGUAA